AUAGAUUUGAGGACAGCUCUAAAAAGAGGCAAAAUGAUCAGAAAAUUCAUGGUUCCUGUCUCUGCAACUCGCAUGCUAUCUACCAUCUUUUUCUUCUUGUGUUCUGUCCUGUAUUGCUCUGCCAGAGAUACCAUCACACCGGAGGACUGGCUUAGUAAUGAUGGAGAAACUGUUGUUUCUGCAGGCAAAACUUUUGAACUUGGCUUCUUUAAUCCAAAUGGAAGCUCCAAGAUUGGAAGAUUCGUGGGCAUAUGGUAUUACAAGUCGAUACCACGAAGCAUUGUAUGGGUGGCCAACCGAAAUAACCCCCUUCCCCUUUCUGACACCCCCUCUGGAGUUUUUGCCAUUAAAGAAGAUGGUCAGCUCAAGGUAUUGGAUGCAAAUGGGGCAGUUCACUGGAAUUCUGUUAUUGAAACAUCUUCAUCUACAGGGAGGGUGGUGAAGCUCAUGGACUCUGGGAACCUUGUUUUGAGCGACAACAGAUCGGGGGAGAUUCUUUGGGAGAGCUUCCAUAAUCCUACAGAUACUUUUCUUCCGGGGAUGAAGAUGGAUGAAAACUUAGCAUUGACUUCAUGGCUGAGUUCUGAUGACCCGGCACCUGGAAACUAUACUUUCAAGAUAGAUGAAGACAAUAAGGAUCAUUAUACCAUAUGGGAAAGUUCAAUUGUCCCAUAUUGGAGCAGUGAGGACUCGAAAGGAACGCCUGAUGAAAUUCUAGAUGUAAUACUCCGCCUGUUAUCCAACUUCAGCAAGACUGGUAAGCCAGCCACAUAUAGAAAAUUCUACAAUAGAACCCUUGAAAUACCGUCCCCCAGGUAUAAUAAUACCAUGCGGUUGGUGAUGAGUUCUUCAGGGAAAAUCCAGUACUAUCUGAAUCCGAAUACAUCAUCUCCAGACUGGUGGGCACCUCGAGAUCGAUGCAGUGUGUCAAAAGCUUGUGGGAAAUUCGGUAGUUGUAACACUAAAAAUCCUUUGAUGUGCAAAUGUUUACCUGGGUUCAAACCCGCCUCGCCGGAUAAGUGGAAAACUGAAGAGUUUUCAAGUGGGUGUACCAGAAAGUCUCCCAUAUGCGAGGAGAAUUCUAGUAAAGACAUCUUCCUGAGCUUAAAGAUGAUGAAAGUGAGAAAGCCAGACUCUCUGAUUGACGCAGAUCCAAAUCAUAGUGAUCCUUGCAGAAAGGCUUGCCUUGAAAAAUGCCAAUGUCAAGCUUAUGCUUAUAUCAAACAAGAAAGAGGUGUUCCUGAUGCCCUAAAAUGCUUGAUUUGGACGGAAGACCUUACUGAUCUUCAGGAGGAGUAUGCCUUUGAUGCCCACAACCUCUCCGUUCGUGUGGCCAUUUCAGAUAUAAAACCAACAGUAAGGAAUUGUGAAACUUGUGGCUCAAACAUGAUUCCUUAUCCUCUAAGCACUGGAUCAAAGUGUGGUGAUUCAACGUACUUCAAUUUUGAAUGUAACGAUGCCACAGGCCAGGUUCAGUUCAAGGUACAUGGUGGUGCCUACCGAGUAACUAGCAUUAACCCAGAGACAUUAACAUUUGUAAUCCAACUGAAAGAAGCAAAUUGCCGUUCACGAAGUCUGAUUCCGCCACUAAACCCGCCUUUUCACAUGACUGAUGUGUGCAAAGAGUUUGGAACUGACAAUUUUGGCUCUGGGAUGUCAUUGAAAAAUAGUAUUGAAGUAGAGAUCAGUUGGGAUCCACCAUCGGAGCCGGCGUGUACCUCAUCAGCAGAUUGCAAGGACUGGCCAAAUUCAACCUGCGGAACGCGAGAUGGAAUGAGAAGGUGCUUUUGCAAUGAAAACUUCAAAUGGAAUAGCUCAAGUUUAAAUUGUACACAAGGUGUCAAACCUGCUGAUCAGAAGUCAUCGUCGUCAUCUCCAGUGGUUGUGGUAGGCAUAACAAUUGCUGUUGUUCUAGUUGCGGUUUUAGGCAUCAUUGGUUAUAUUGCUUAUUUGCGCAAAAGAACCAUCACCAAAAGGAAAGAGAACAGAGCAAAUCAAGUGCUUCACUUAUAUGAUAGUGAGAGUCGUGUGAAACACUUAAUAGACUCGGAGCAAUUCAAAGAAGAGGAUAAGAAAGGCAUUGAUGUACCGUUUUUCGACUUAGAAGACAUACUGGCUGCUACAGAUAACUUUUCAGAUGCAAAUAAGCUUGGACAAGGGGGUUUUGGGCCAGUUUACAAGGGCAAGUUUCCAGAGGGGCGAGAAAUUGCGGUUAAGAGACUCUCGAGAGCUUCAGGACAAGGCCUACAGGAAUUUAAGAAUGAGGUUGUUUUAAUUGCCAAACUUCAGCAUCGGAAUCUGGUUAGACUUUUGGGCUAUUGUGUUGAAGGUGAUGAGAAGAUUUUACUCUAUGAAUAUAUGGCCAACAAAAGCUUAGAUUCCUUCAUAUUUGAUCGAACCCUAUGCAUGUUACUGAACUGGGAGAAGCGGUUUGACAUCAUUAUGGGAAUUGCUAGAGGGCUGCUGUAUCUUCACCAAGAUUCAAGAUUGAAGAUUAUUCAUAGGGACUUGAAAACAAGCAACAUUCUACUUGAUGAUGAGAUGAAUCCCAAAAUUUCAGACUUUGGCUUGGCGAGGAUUUUUGACAGUAAGCAAGUAGAGGCAAGCACAAACAGAGUAGUUGGAACUUAUGGCUAUAUGUCUCCAGAGUAUGCAUUGGAUGGGUUUUUCUCAGAGAAGUCUGAUGUGUUUAGCUUUGGUGUUAUGGUGCUUGAGAUCAUCAGUGGGAAGAGGAACACUGGCUUUUAUCAGUCUGACCAAACACUGAGCCUUCUGGGUCAAGCAUGGAAGCUAUUGAAAGAAGACAAGGUGUUGGAGCUGAUGGACCAGACACUAUCCGAAACAUGCAACACAAAAGAAUUUUUGAGGUGUGUGAAUGUUGGGCUGUUGUGUGUGCAAGAAGACCCAAGUGACCGUCCCACCAUGGCAGUUGCAGUUGUAAUGCUCAGCAGUGACAUUGCAACAAUGCCGGUUCCUAAACAACCGGCUUUUGUCCUAAAAAGAGACCUUUCUAGGACAGCUUCUUCUUCUAGCAAACCUGAAGCAUCCUGGAACAGUGAAAUCCUAGCCACCAUAGAAGAAGGUCGAUAGUCCAGGAGGAGUUCCCAUUUGAUGCUCUGUUUUGGACGUCUUUAUGGGAUCCUGUACAUGGUGAAGGCUGCUAAUAAAUUGUCCAAUUCCCAGGAUUUUGUUGUUAUAUCUGUUUAUCUGCUCUGUUUCUGACUGAACUAUAUUAACAAAUUGCAGCAUAAAUGCUCUGAUUUUUCAGUGCAAUUGGGAGGACUUCUUUUUGAGCC